CAUGUUUUACUGGUCUCAGCGCACCUCGGUAAAAUGGCUGUAUGUAGCUGAGCCUCGUGCUGGUGUGAUCCGUUCCUCGGCUGUAGUCUACUUCUGCAACAGAACCCCCCACAAAUUCCGCGUCGGGUAAAUUUCAUUCCCCGGGAACUCAAUUUACGGUGCUAGAGAGUCUUAAAAACGGAGCCGACGGUGGAGUCCGGAUUCGGUCCGGCGUAAGGGGUGGGGAUGAGUCGGGACACGGGUAAAUUGUUGUAAAACUACUGUAUUUACAUUCAAUGUUUAGCAUUUGAUUGUGACCGACUCGCCGAGAGGGAGAGGGGGGUAUCAUGGCCGCUCAGGUCGCCAGCGCUACCUCUCUCAACACCAGUCCGCCUUCCGAACUAAAAAAACCGGAUCGAGACCCAAAGGAGGAGUCGGUACCGGGGGAAAAGCAGCAGGAAAAUAAGGAGCCGGGAUUAGAGAGCGUAUCACCGGGUCGCGGGGAACUGCAGGACCGGGCCGAUGUUGGAAAUGCUGGGGGAGGAGGGGAGUCUGAGAUGAAGAACGGGAACGGGAAUCCGUCGAGGGUGAACAAUAAUCAAAAUGAUACCGCCGGACCUGACGGGAAUAACCACCCCGGUAUGGUACAUCACCACGCGCCCGGUUUUACGCCGCCUUCCCAUGGCUAUAGUCAGCAAUACGGCCGGGCCCCUUUUCAUCAACAUGGCGGACAACAAAGCCCUGGCAUGGCAGCUGCAGCGGGACCAGGCGCGCUGUCGAGCAACAUAAUGGACCCGUAUCAGCCCAACUCUCACGAACACGGCUUUCCUAACCACCAGUACAACAACUACAGUCCGUUCGGGAACCGAAGCCCGUACCCGGGCCAGGGAUACGGCAUGAACUCCCCGCGCAGCGCUCCUCAAGCUCAGGCGGUAGGGGGGCAGUCAGCCAAGCAACAGCAGCCAGCAGCGGGAGGAUCUAUGGCUGCAUCUUACAAUAAUCAGAGGUAUAACAUGGGAAAUCCACAGCCAACAUCCACCCCGACCCUCAACCAGCUCCUGACCUCCCCGAGCGGUGCCAGAGGCUACCCGAAUUACCCACCUAGCGACUACAACAGCCAGGAUGGUGCUAAGGGACCAGCAGAUAUGGGCAGCAGUGGGCAGUAUGGUGGGGGCCAUCCGGGUUGGCAACAAAGGACCCAUCACCCGCAACCCAUGAGUCCUGGAAGUACCGGACAGCCCAUGGGUAGAAACCAGACUCCAGGCUCAAUGGAUCAGAUGGGGAAAAUGCGAGGACAGCCAUAUGUGUCAGGCGGUCCUUACUCGCAGCCUCCCCAUCAGGGGCCUCCUACGGCGCCCCAGCAGGGACCUGCAUACGCAGGCCCGGGCUAUGGGCCUCCUGGACCUCAGAGAUACCCUAUGGGCAUGCAAGGACGUAUACAGUAUGGGCAACAGAUGCCAUCAUACGGACAGCAGGGACCAGGGGGGUACGUGCAGCAGGGGCAACAGCCCUAUUAUGGCCAGCAUGGUCAGGGGCCUCACUCUGGCCAGCAGCAGUCGCCAUACCCCCAGCCUUCCCCUGGGCAACCGGGAGGUCAAGGACCUUAUUCGCAGCAGCCUCACGGCCCCCAACCAUCUGGUCCACACGGACAGGCCGGUCCUCCUUACCAACAUCCCCACAUGCCCCAGCAGCCCCAGGCGCAGAUUCCCGGCCCCUCACCAGGCCCUUCCCAAUCCCCAUACUCGCAGGCCUCUGCAGCACCCCAGUCUGCGCAAUCCCCAUAUCCCCAACAACAGGUGCCUCAGUCCCAGCCCCCUCAGCAGGGGAACUCCCAGGCCCCUCCUGCAUCCCAGACCCAGCCUAGCUACCCGCCCGGCCAAGGCUCCCAGCCGCCGCCAUCACAGCAGGCGCCACAGACGCCCACACCUGCAUCCCAGCAGCCUGCAGGACAGAUGUCGCAAACGCAACCCACAUCAUACUCCCAGAAUCCCCCACCACAACAGCAGCAGCAGCAGCAACAAUCGCCGUAUCAGCGGUUUACUCCUGCUCAGGAGAUUUCCCAGGAGUCAUUUAGCUCCCAGUCCAGUGCGCCUCCCUCCAAUCAGCCUCUGGCUUCUAAAGGAAGUACAGAGGACAUGCAGGGCAGACCCUCAAGUCUACCAGACCUUUCCGGUUCUAUCGAUGACCUGCCUACAGGUACAGAAGGUGCUCUGAGCCCUGGAGUCAGCACAUCUGGAGUAUCCAGCAGUCAAGGAGAACAGAGUAAUCCAGCACAGUCGCCUUUCUCCCCCCACACAUCUCCGCCGGUGGGCUCGCCCGCCAGUGCCACAGCAUCUCGCUCUGGCCCUCUGUCCCCUGCCACCAUACCAGGAAACCAGAUGCCUCCCCGGCCUUCAAGUGGACAGUCUGAUGGGGUCAUGCACCCUUCAGUGAACAUGCCUGGCAUGGGCCAAGAGAGAGGAUAUGUGCAGAGAAACCCUCAGAUGGGACCCUAUGGGUCUCCACAAUCUGGAUCUGCUUUGUCUCCUCGCCAGUCAUCUGGAGGCCAUGCUGGGAUGGUUCCUUAUCAGCAGAACAACUCUAUGGCCAACUAUGCGCCUCAAGGUGGUCAAUAUGGCUCACAAGGUUUCCCUAGGCAGCCUGGUUACAGUGGCAUGCCUAAUGCCAAUUAUCCAGGUCCUGGCAUGAGUGGAUCUAUGAACCCUAUGUCCGGACAAGGAGGAGGACCACUGUAUCCUGGCAUGCCUUCUGGAAGGAUGCCUCAUGGCCAGAUGGGUGCACGUCCUUACGGCCCUAACAUGGGACCCAACAUGAGUCCCAAUAUGGGCCCGAAUAUGGUGAACAUGCCGCCUCAAGUAGGCUCUGGGAUGGGCCCACCUCCAGGCCUCAACAGAAAGCCGCAGGAUGCUGCAGCAAUGCAGCACGGACCCUCAAACUCUAUACACAACAGACUACCAGGUUACCCCAAUAUGUCUCCUGGUCCUGGUAUGAUGGGUUCAGGUCCUCCGUAUGGCCCGUCAGUGAACAACAUGCCAGGAAUGAUGAACACCCAGGGUCCUUCCUACCCAAUGGGUGGUAACAUGGCCAACAACACUAGUGGCAUGUCCCCUGGUCCUGAUUUUGGUAUGGAUGUAAAACCAAACCAGGCACAAAAAUCGAAUAAUAAAGUUGAGGGGACACCCAAGACGGAAACAAAAUCAAAGAAGUCAAGUUCCUCCACAACAACCAAUGAGAAGAUCACUCGAUUGUAUGAGCUAGGCCCAGAGCCAGAAAGAAAGAUGUGGGUGGACCGUUAUCUGGCUUUCAUUGACGAAAAAGCCUUGGGCAUGAGUAACCUACCAGCUGUGGGACGUAAACCCCUCGAUCUCUUCCGCCUCUACAUGUCCGUCAAGGAGAUUGGAGGUCUCACACAGGUUAAUAAGAAUAAAAAAUGGAGGGAGCUGGCCACAAAUCUGAAUGUGGGGACCUCAAGCAGUGCAGCCAGCUCGUUGAAAAAGCAGUACAUCCAGUGUCUAUAUGCUUUUGAAUGUAAGAUCGAGCGUGGAGAAGACCCACCACCUGAAAUUCCUGGAGACACCAAAAAGAAUCAGGCCAAAAUUCAGCCACCCUCCCCAGCUGGAUCUGGCUCUCUCCAGGGGCCCCAGACACCGCAGUCUACCAGCAGCUCCAUGGCCGAAAGCGGAGACUUGAAGCCUCCCACUCCUGCCUCUACUCCACACAGCCAGAUGCCCCCAAUGCAAAGUGGCAGGAGCAGUGUGAACCUACAAGAUCCAUUUGCUGAUAAUGACCCAGCCUUCUCUCGGCGGAACACUAUGACCCCCAACUCUGGCUACCAGUCAGGCAUGAGCACUCCAGAGAUGCCUGGUCGAAUGGGACCCUACGAACCCAGCAAAGACCACUUCAGUGGCAUGCGCAAAGUUGGAGAGCAGUUUAUACCCGGUGGACAGGGUCCUAACAGUGGUCUCGGUGAUCAGUAUAACAGAGGACCACCAGGCCCUAUGGGGAACGUGCCCAUGGGUCAGAGGCACCAAUAUUCAUUUGGUCCUAGUUAUGAUAGAAGGUCAGAGUCAGGGAUGGGCCCAGAAGGCAGCAUGGGGCCUGGAGUGCCACAGCCAAACAUGAUGCCUUCCAAUGCUGAAUCUGGGAUGUACUCACCAAACCGUUACCCUCCACAACAACAGCGGCAUGAAUCGUAUAGUAAUCAGUAUCCUGGGCAGGGUGCGCCUCCUGGUGGCUCCUAUCCGAAUCAGCAGCCUGGAAUUUAUCCGCAACAACAAACGAACUACAAAAGACCAGGUGAAGGAGGCUACCCACCAGCUAAACGGCAUCAUGAUGGCGAGAUGUUCGGUGGGCCGUACAAUGCGCAGCAGCCACCAUCACAGGCUCCCCCUGGUGGUCCCUCAAGUGGUCAGCAGGAUAUGUUUAACCAGUUUAACAGUUCAUACCCUGGCGCAGAGCGACGUCCACCUGGUCCUCAGAAUCAGUUCCCAUUCCCUUUCGGAAGGGAUCGGAUGCCAGGGGCAGCGGGUCCUAACUCCCAGGGUUCCAUGCCGCUUCAAAUGAUGGGCAGUCCAAUGCAGUCUGGUCCCGACGGUCCUCAAGGCGGUAUGUGGCAGGGCCGAGGUGAUAUGGGCUACGGCGGUUACCCAAACCGUCAGGGACCUCCUGCUGGUCCUGGCCAAGGCCCUGGUUUCCAUUCAAUGAACCGCUCCGAAGAGAUGAUGUCAUCUGAACCACGUAUGAAUCACGAUGGCCAGUGGCCUGGGCCUCGACAGCCCCCGUAUGGCGGUGCAGGCCCACCAAUGACCAGACCUUUGCAGUCCAACUAUCAGUCACCCCAAGCCAUGCAGAACCACAUUCCACAGGUGUCAAGCCCCACGCCCAUGCCCCGACCCAUGGAAAGCGGCAGUUCACCCAGCAAAUCACCCUACAUGCCUGGCAGUAUCAAAAUGCAGAAGGCUGGACCUCCAGUCCCUGCAUCACACAUUGUACCUUCCUCCGUACACCCUCCACUGAUGAGAAGAGACAUGCCCUUCCCUGCAGGCUCCACAGAGGCUUCACAGCCUGUUCUCAAACCUCGUAGACGUCUUACCAUGAAAGAGAUUGGAACACCAGAAGCAUGGAGAGUCAUGAUGUCCCUAAAAUCAGGACUGUUGGCUGAGAGCACGUGGGCUUUAGAUACCAUUAACAUCCUGUUGUAUGAUGACAACAGUAUUUCGAAUUUCAACCUUGUUCAGCUCCCGGGUUUCCUGGAACUAAUUGUUGAGUAUUUCCGGCGUUGCCUCAUUGAGAUCUUUGGCAUCCUGAAGGAAUAUGAGGUUGGUGAUCCAGGACAAAGAGCACUGUUGGAUCCUAAUGUGCUCAAAAAGGAUGAAAAUACUGUGGAUGAUGAAACACUGGUGGAGGGCAUGGAGGAAGACGGAGAAACGGAGGAGGAAGAUGAAGGAGAAGAAAUGCAGAGGUCAAAACAUCAAGAACAACACACAGCACCAGAACCUCUCCAGAUAAAACAGGAGGAAAAGCACAGGAAUUGUGAAGACUCUGGGAAGAAAAUGGACUGCCAAGCAACAGACGGAGAGUCAUCUAAAGAAGCCAAGACUUUAGAUCCACCAUCCCUCGAGCUUGCUGUGACUCAGGAGAAGCCCAAGCAGGCUAGCAAGUUUGAUAAACUUCCUUUGAAGAUUGUACGGAAGAAGGAUCCUUUCGUGGUGGACUGCUCGAAUAAACUUGGCCGGUUACAGGAAUUUGACAGCGGCCUGCUGCACUGGAGUAUUGGUGGAGGCGAUACAACAGAACACAUCCAGACCCACUUCGAAAGCAAAGUUGACCUGUUACACCUGUGGAAGCGGCUUCCCAUCCAGGCCUCAGACAAGAAACGAGGAGCGCUGAAGGAUGCUGAGGUGCCUUCACCAUCCUCAUCGAGUGAAGAGCACAGGAAGGAAGUGGAGCGGCAGCCUUCACAGCAGUCAUCCUCUGAAGUAACCGAUGGAAUUCUGGAAACGAGAGCUGAAAGGCCUGCCGACUGCUUAGAAACUUCCUCUGGGGAGAAAUCAAACGAAGAGGCAGAUCAAGAGAAACAAGGAUCAGAGAUGACCGCUCCAGAGAACAUCAGGCCAAGUACAUCAUCACAGGGUCAGCGUCCCAUCUCCAUUCUAGAGGAUGAGCCACACAGCAAGGAUGAAGCUCCUCUCGUCACUCUCUCCGACUGGCAAGAUUCCCUCUCCCGUCGCUGCAUCUGCGUCUCCAAUAUCAUCCGCAGCCUCUCAUUCAUUCCGGGCAACGACUUGGAGAUGUCCAAGCACCCAGGGCUGUUGCUGAUACUAGGUCGCCUCUUGCUUCUCCACCAUCGGCAUCCAGAACGCAAGCAGGCGCCUUUAACCUACGAGAAAGAAGAGGAGGUGGAUGAGAGUCACGGUAACAAGAAAGACGAGUGGUGGUGGGACUGUCUGGAACUGCUGCGGGAAAAUUGUUUGGUCACUCUUGCCAACAUCUCAGGCCAGCUUGAUUUCUCUGUCUACACUGAGAGCAUCUGCUUACCGCUGCUGGAUGGCUUGCUCCAUUGGGCUGUUUGUCCUUCAGCCGAAGCUCAAGACCCUUUCCCCAGCCUCGGGCUUAACGGUGUAUUGUCCCCUCAGAGACUAGUCCUGGAGACCCUCUGUAAACUCAGCAUUCAGGACAACAAUGUGGACCUCAUUCUGGCAACGCCACCUUUUAGUAGAUUAGAGAAGCUGUUUGGGAACCUCGUACGACUAGUCGGCGAGCGAAAGGUGCCUGUCUGCCGGGAGAUGGCGGUCGUGUUGCUAGCCAAUCUUGCACAGGGUGACAGCAUGGCAGCCCGUGCCAUUGCGGUACAGAAAGGGAGCGUAGGGAAUCUGUUGGGUUUCUUGGAGGACAGCUUGGCUGCGACGCAGUUCCAGCAGAGCCAAGGGUCCCUACUACACAUGCAGGGAUCCCACUUUGAGCCGACAAGUGUGGACAUGAUGCGGCGAGCUGCUCGGGCUCUGCUUGCUUUCGCUAAGGUAGAGGAGAACCACUCUGAAUUUACGCUCUAUGAAUCACGGCUUCUGGACCUUUCCGUCUCCCCCCUCAUGAACUCUUUGGUGUCCCACGUCAUCUGUGAUGUACUGUUUUUGAUAGGCCAGUCAUGACAGCUGUGCGGAGCCGUGGCUCCACCUUCUCUGGUUUUCAUACCUCCCCCAUGCCUGCCCCUCCCCUUGGUGAGCGGGAACUGAAAGCAGAGGAAAAUGACUGUUUGUUUUUUUUAUUUAUGCAAGCCCUUUCAUACACCCACUGGCCCCCCCUUUUCUCUGCGUCUCACUUUGGGAAGGGUAUCACGAUUUGCUGUGGAUCAUGAACCAGAGCCUCAACACACUGACACAAACUUUAACACUGAUGCCAACUAGAUGACACGGACAGGGAUCCCAACUUUUGUGUCCUGUCUGAGGGGUGAAGUACUUUUUUAUAAUAAAAAAAUAAAUGAAUAAAAUAAAUGGCUUGAAAAAACAAACUAUUUACCAAAGUUACUGUCUUGUUUACAGUGAGUUUUGGGGUUAAUUGUUCCUUUUGUCUUUCCCAAGAGGGAGCAAAUAAUACACAGCUCUUGAUCACGUUUGGAGUCUAUACAGGUGAUACCUUUGUUUGGUGGUUGUAUUUUGAUGCUACACAGUCAACUUUACUAGAAGUGUGUACAGCAGAAAUGAGCGUUCAUUUUCUGUACAGUACUCUGAAACUGUUACUGCAACUAAUACUACAAACCUACUGCACUGUUCCACACGGGACAAUGUUGGCUCAGUUUUUAAAGUGUUUUUAAACGGUUUGCUGGUGAAGAGAAUACUCCCCAAAGUAUCAAGAACGUACAACACCCUGACCUCUUCUCUUUAACCCUUGAUUGUAUGAUUGACCCCUAUAAAGAAAUCACCUCCUAGGACUGGUUUUCAACUUAAGAUGCAGCCCAGGCUGUUCUGUAUAUAAGAUGUUGUACAUUUACACCUUUUUCUCUCUUUCUCUCCCUCUGUCUUUCACACAUUCUUGCUUCUAAACCCUUUUUAUCUAUCAAGGAUGAGAGCGGACACUCAAGUUGGGUUUAUUGCAUCAGAAUCCCUAGGUAUAUAAACUGAACCACCUUUUUGGCCUCCAUGGUUCCUCCAUAGUGCAGCGAACGGCUGAAAAAUUUUAAUUUCAUCUCCUGGUACAACUAAAUAACUCUAGAUGAAGAAACACAGUUGAGAUAUUUUUUUCUCCAGUGAUCUGGAUUCUGCAUAUUUGUAUCUCAGACUAUGUAGCUUAAUGUAAAUUCCUUGUUUUUUUCCCUUUUUGGCUCGAUGAAUAUCAUUUAUUCACUAUGAAAUCUUUAUACUAUAUGUUCCACGUGGUAAGAAUAAAUGUACAUUAAAUCU